CGAUUUGCAGAUUCCUAAUCACUCAAGGAAGAGAAUCAUCCAAAUCUCUGAUAUUCAACAGAAGAAGUAAGAGAAAGCGAAGAUUGAGAGGAGAAGAAGAGAAAAUGGAGGACGAAGAGGAGCGACAGCUGAAACAAACAAUAGAAGAGGAGGAGAAGAAGAAAAAUAAUAAGAGCUCCGUUGUUAUAAGGAUCCCUUCACAUGAAGAGGUCUUCGAGACCUCUCAGUCAAAACCUACUCCUUCCCUUUUCCGUCCCUCUACCUCUUUCUCUGAAGCCUUUUCUUUCCUAAAGAAAACCGAAUUCUACACAGCUCCACCUCAACCAUCACAGCCUUCGCUGAGGCCUGAGAACGACACUUCAAGCCAAAGUCAAAUUGCACAAACAGAAGCUUCUUCUUCUUCAUCUUCUGCUACGGCUGCUGUUGGUGGCGGUGGCAUUUCUGCUUCAGUUCCCUCUUCCUCUUCACCACAUGUUUCUGUUCAGAAUCGCAAUGCUAUCCUUGUAAGCCAUCGGCAGAAAGGAAAUCCCUUAUUGAAACAUAUCCGAAACGUGAGAUGGAUGUUUGCAGACAUUAUUUGUGAUUAUUUGCUGGGCCCGAACUCAUGUGCUCUAUAUUUGAGUCUUCGGUAUCAUCUGCUUCAUCCAGAUUAUCUCUAUUAUCGAAUAAGGGAGCUGCAGAAGAACUUCAAGCUCCGUGUGGUUCUGUGUCAUGUCGAUUUGGAGGAUGUAGUUAAGCCUCUACUUGAAGUUACAAGGACAGCUCUACUUCAUGAUUGCACUCUUCUAUGUGGGUGGAGUUUGGAGGAAUGCGGUCGAUAUUUGGAGACAAUAAAAGUUUAUGAAAACAAGCCUGCAGACAUUAUUCAAGGGCAAACAGAUACAGACUAUUUAUCACGGUUGCAUCAUGCCCUUACAGCGGUUCGACGUGUUAACAAGACUGAUGUUGUUACUCUUGGUUCUACUUUUGGGUCUCUUUCCCGUAUCAUGGAUGCAUCCAUGGAAGACCUUGCUCGAUGCCCUGGCAUCGGUGAGCACAAGGUGAGACGAUUGUAUGAGACAUUCCACGAACCAUUCAAGCUUUCUGCCUACAGUCGACCCACUGGUGUUCCUGAAGCUCCUGCCCAGGAGGAUGUUGCACCUCGAUCAAUAGACAGUGAUGUGGAAGCUCAGGAGGAAGAAUGUGUUGCAACAAAGCAGAAGAAAAAAGACCCUGAUUUGACAGUGAAAUCAGCGUUGAGUGCUGCUUUUGCAAAGUAUUCAGAUAAAAUUUGUAAGAAGAAAGAAGAAAUGGUGGAUCAUAAUGAUGAAGAUUUUAAUGUUGCUCCAUCGAAAGCAAAAGCUCAAAAACGGAAGCCCAAUGAGAAGGCUGCAAGCUGAGAUAAAACAUUCCAGAUAUUGAAUGGAAAUGGACAGAAAAGUCACUCUGUACACUGAGGGGUUUGGGAUUUGAGAAAUUACAUGGACUUCUUCAAGGAAAGAAUUAUGGGAGCAAAAAACAAGCAAGCAAGCAAGAAGAAUCACCAUACCUUGACGUGAAUGAUCAACAGAAAGAUAUGAUGCUUGCAGGAUUUUGCUUCUGGGCCUACUCUGGCAGAGCACCAUAUUUGGAGUCCUGUUGAUGCCCGGCAGUCUGCGUCUUGAACUGUUGUAAGUUAAAUGCACCUUGUGAAACACAAUUGGAUACCUUAACCUGC